AUGAAACCUUCCGACAGCGGUUCGCACGUGGACGGCGAUUCGAGGCCCAAGACGGGCCUUCACAGCGAAAACCUGUCGCGCGAAACUUCCGGAAACUCCCGGGUCAAGGCUAAACCACAAUACGUGCCUUUCAAGGCUUCGAAGUCGAAUGUGUUCUCCAACGUGGUUAUCAACUCUCUUUUCGGGCUAGGCUUGUACUAUCUCUACAGAGACUAUCAAGAAGAUAAGCGUGCUUCCGCAAAGGCCCGGGGCACGGUAACAAUUGUACAUGACCGGGCUAGCGAUAGUCAGGCCAAGGGCGGUCAAGUCCGCGGCUCGGGCCUUCUUCCAAAGAUGUCUUACAAGGACCUGUCGUUUGUAACCGUGGGAUUCGGGUUUCUGCUACAACUUGCCAACAUGGCGCACGUGUCUUUUGGGAAGAGGUCACCUUUGUAUCGCGCCAGCAUCCUCUCUGUCGCGCUGUAUCCACCGUUUGCCUACUACAUGUACAGUAUGCGAGACCAGAAAGUAGCUAAGUAG